GAACGGACUUUUAUUUUGGCACGUUGGUUUUGCUUACGCACACUGUCCGUACCAUUGGUUGCACAGUGUGUUGAGGGCAUGUGGAACGUCGGUAUGUCGGAGGUUGGAAAAGCGUUACAAGCGGUGGUAGACAGGGUAAAUAAAGCGGCGUCUCGUCGCCCAAAGACGUUGCCCGCGGUACCGCCCCGCCUGGUAGCCGUCAGUAAGACCAAACCACCGGAGAUGGUGAUCGAGGCAUAUCGAAACGGACACCGUAACUUUGGUGAAAACUAUGUUAAUGAACUUGUGGAUAAAGCUUCAAAUCCUCAGGUUUUAGAAUCAUGCCCAGAAAUCGAGUGGCAUUUUAUUGGCCAUCUACAGAAGGGUAAUGUCAACAAACUUUUGGGUGUGCCAAACCUGUUCAUGGUGGAAACGGUCGACUCUGUCAAGUUAGCUGACAAAGUGAACAGCUCCUGGCAACGGUUGAGAGCAGCUAGCACCCGGAGGUUAAAGGUCAUGGUGCAGAUCAACACCAGCGGAGAGGAAAGUAAAUAUGGACUCCCUCCUGGCGAGACCGUGAACACGGUGAAACACAUUCUAAACAAAUGCUCUGCCCUACACUUCUCUGGGCUCAUGACCAUUGGGCGUUACGGCUAUGACCUAGCCGAUGGCCCUAACCCAGAUUUUCAGGCUUUGCUGAGUCAACGACAGGUGGUGUGUGACAGUCUGCAGAUCCCUUUGGAGAAUGUAGAGCUCAGUAUGGGCAUGUCCAUGGACUUUGAGCAUGCGAUUGAGGUGGGUUCCACGAACGUGCGAGUGGGCAGUACUAUUUUUGGUAACCGGGACUAUCCCAACACCCCUACUCCAAGCCCAGAGAAGAAGCCAAUGGUACCGACAGAAGACGCAGCUAAAAAGAUGGAGUGCCUCACCGUUACAGAAAAGUGAAAUUUCUUCUUCCUCAAGUCAGCCUGAAAAGGAAUAUAUUGUUGAGAUUUUUUUCUGGAGAACAAAAAUAACUGUGCAUUUGUACGGUAUAUCUUAAUGACGUUAUUGGUUCUUCUAGAAGCAAUUCAACUGGUUUCUAUGGAGCAUUCAUAUUAGUAUUUUUGAAUGGCAUUCAAUCAAAAAGUUGACAUUACAAGAUUUCUCUUUUACUACUCCUCACAUGACAGAUAUUAGUGUAUGAUAUUGGACAUUCAGUAAACAUCUGGACUCUUUGCUAAUCUUACAUUAUGUAUUGUUUUACACUAACACAUAGGUCCGCGUCAAAAGACUGAGGUUAUUUCUACUCUAGCAAAGCCUCUGUUGAUUAAAUUUGAGUCUAUAUUCACAAUCUACAUGUUGUCACUAUACAACUCUUAACCAUGUUCAAUAUCCUAGAAAUCAUGUAUCUUAGUGAUAAAAUGCCCCCCCCCCCCCCCAAAAAACAAA